GCGCGGAGCGGCGGGACCGCCACCGGGACCGGGACCGGCACCGGCACCGGCACCGGCAGCGGGCGGUGGGGCCGCCAUGGAGUACGUGACCGCCGAGCAGCUGGCCGGCUUCGGCAAGUACAAGUACAGUGCCGUGGACAGCAACCCCCUGUCUCUGUACGUCAUGCAUCCCUUCUGGAACACGAUCGUGAAGAUCUUCCCUACCUGGCUGGCCCCAAAUUUGAUAACGUUUUCUGGCUUCCUGCUGCUUGUCUUCAACUUCUUCCUCAUGGCAUACUUCGACCCUGACUUUUAUGCUUCUGCUCCAGAUCACCAGCACGUUCCGAACGGCGUGUGGGUCAUUGUGGGUCUCCUCAACUUCGUUGCCUAUACGUUAGACGGUGUUGACGGGAAACAGGCUCGCCGGACCAACUCCAGCACGCCCCUGGGAGAGCUCUUUGAUCACGGCCUGGACAGCUGGGCCUGCGUAUACUUUGUCGUGACAGUCUACUCCACCUUUGGACGGGGCUCCACGGGUGUCAGUGUCUUCGUUCUCUACCUCCUCUUAUGGGUGGUCUUGUUCUCAUUCAUCCUCUCCCACUGGGAGAAGUAUAACACGGGGAUCCUCUUCCUGCCCUGGGGAUAUGACAUCAGCCAGGUGACCAUUUCAAUUGUCUACAUAGUGACAGCCAUUGUGGGAGUUGAGGCCUGGUAUGCACCUUUCCUGUUUAAUUUCUUAUAUAGAGACCUAUUCACUGCAAUGAUUAUUGCUUGCGCGCUCACAGUGACGCUGCCGAUGAGCCUGUAUAACUUCUACAGGGCCUAUAAAAAUAACACCCUGAAGCACCACUCUGUGUAUGAAAUCAUGCUGCCACUGGUAUCCCCAGUGUUGCUGUUCCUGCUCUGCACCACGUGGAUCUUCAUGUCCCCGACAGACAUCCUGGAGGUGCAUCCCAGGCUCUUCUAUUUCAUGGUUGGAACAGCCUUCGCUAAUAUUUCUUGCCAACUGAUCGUCUGUCAGAUGAGCAGCACCCGCUGCCAGCCUCUCAACUGGAUGCUGCUCCCCAUCGCCGCGGCGCUCUUCGUGGUGAUGUCCGGCCUCGCGCCGAACAGCGAAACGCUUCUCCUCUACUUGCUAACUGCUUUCCUCACCCUGGCACACAUCCACUACGGGGUGGUCGUGGUGAGCCAGCUGAGCAGGCACUUCAAUAUACGGCCCUUCUCGCUAAAGAAGCCCACGCCAGAUUGACUAGGAGUGGAAGAAGAGAAAAUCGGCUUGCGGUCUGCAGAAGGACUGUAAAUAACCGCUGCAAAUACCUGUAAAUACUUCAACCAUCGCCACAGAUCUUAAACCUAUCCUCUGGACAGACAUCAGGGCAAAGUACGCACGGUAUCCGGUGCAGCCAGGGCAGGGCUGGUACAGGGCAGCCCCUGCUGCUGUUGGACAAAUGCAAGUUUUGGCUUUCGGGUGGAACUGGGCGAGGAGGGUGGCCUUCCAGGUCGCUACUCCCGUAUAUCCGACCGGGUGAACGUCCCCAGCUCAACCUCAGACUCCAGCUCUUGCUCAGGUAAAGCCGGUCGGGGGAGGAAAUGACUUUACUUGAGCAAAGCGUUUUGACCCGUCACCAAAACCCAACGGGACGGCUGAUUUCUACAAGGUCGGGGGAACAUCCUGGUGGUCGGGGGAGUUCCCGUCUGUCCCUUAAUCCCGCGGGACAGCCCCGCUCCCGGGCUGGUGCUUAGGGAGCAGGUGGUGACAGUUCUCCCACGUUCUGUCCUGCCUCCCUGCAUUCACCUAUUUGGGCAAACAUUUGCACCUUUUUUUUUUUUUUUUUUUUCUUUUUUUUUUUUUUUGUUGAGGGGGGCGUUAAAAAAAGAACACCACACGGAACUUCUGGUAAUACUCUGCUUGGGGUGGGCUUCGAAAACCAGGGCUCAGCUUCCUGUAAAAGCAGGAAGGUGGCUUCUGCCCCCCCCCCCCCCGCUCGAGCUGGUGGGGACCUGGGACCACGUCUCGGCCGUGCGCGUGGGAGCGGGGUCUGGGCUCCCAUCUGCAGCAGAAAGUGGCUUCCAGCAGCCUAAAGCCGAGCCAGACUGCCUCCUCUUCCCACCGGGGUGAAUUUGCUGCUGCAGGGGGGGCUCUGCCCCCCGGGGGGCCGCUCCUGUUGCAGCAGCUCGGCCUGCGCAUCGCCCCCCCCCGCUCAGAGAAGCGCCUUAAUGAAGCGCCGUGCGGGUUGCGUGUGCGGUUUCAGGGAGCUCACGGGGGCGGUGUGUGCGGUGGGGUCCCUUCCAAACAUCACUUUGUUUUUCAGAACCGUUGUCCCCAGCUCCUGCAUGUCCCAUCCAGGGAUCUAUUCGUUUACUGUCCAUUUGUAAAAGACAUGUUUGCAUUGUUUUGUUUUGGUUUUUUUUGGUUUUUUUAACUUGUUUUUGUAAUUGAGUUAGAGUGGGGUGGUGAAGACUGAAUGCUGAUUUUCUUUUCUGUUCACUUUAUUUAAUGAAGACCUGUGCUUGAAUGAAGAGUGUAGCUUAAACCCAGGCUCUGGAAGGGCUGCAUCCGGAAGCGAACAAGCACAGCAGAUUGUGCAUAUGUAAUCUACCGUGGGAACAAAGUCGCUUAUACACUGAUUAUUGUGCAACGUGGUUCGUAGAAGCUUGGUCGCAGCGUUUUCCUUCUGCAGGUGAAGGCUCCUCCUGCUUUAGGAAACCUUCAAACUGUAACUACUAUUUAAUGCCAUUUUUUUUUUUUUUUUAAUUUUAUUUUUUUUUUUUUUUUUCCUCCUUUUGUAAAUUUGAAUCAUUGUCACGCAGGCUAUGAGACUUGAAAUCCCGAGGGCAGCUCUCCACGUCAGGGUUUUUUGGUCACGGUACGCCCUGCCAGGAGCGAGCUGGCACCUUCGCCCGGGCUGACGUCCCGCGAGGGCUCGGCUGGACGUCCGGGUGCUCCCGGCUCCGGGAGGGGCGGCUGAUCUGGGAGAGGGGGCGAAUGGUUUUCAGAGUUUAUUUAAUAAAGUAGCUUACUCCUAUAUAAUUUACUGACGUUGUACAGAGGGAAAAAAGAAAAAAAAAAAAAACAAACAAAAAAACAAACAAAACCAAGUGUACAAAUUAAUUGGGCUGCGCUUUAAUUUUUGACUCUUGCUAUUUAAUGAAAUGUAUUAAUUAUGAAGGGAGAUAAAUUUAAGUGAUGCUCGCACAAGAAUUACAGGGAAUCUUAAAAUGGGACACAACACUCGCCUGUGGGACGUGUUUGGGUAGUGAAAUAGUGCUGGCAGCACUGACAGAGAGUGGAGGUUGGGUGAUUCACUUUCUCGUCGUGUGUGUUUGCAGGACCAGGGACCACCUGGGCUGUUCCCUCGGGCUUUGAGCCGAGCUUUGGGGUCCCGAGCCCGGAGCUCUGCGUUGCCCUGUCCCUUCCCACUGGCGCGACUGGGCGGGUGCUGGCGUUGUGAGAAGUUGUCUGAUCUUAAAUCUUGGGAUGUCGCUUUGUCGCGGUCAUGCGCUGCCUGUCGUCUCGCCGAGCCCUGAGCCGGCGCGGAACGCGCCCCGAAAAAACUCCUUUGUUGAGGUUACAUACUUGUGGAAGCAGGGCUUCCUCUCUGAAAUCCCGCAGAGGCGUGUCGUGCUGGAGGAGAAACGUCUCAAAAACUGGAACCGCUUCCUCUCUGCACAGGCUUUAUCUUUGGAGGGUCCUGGAUUUUUGGUGCCUUAAUUUAUUGCACCUUGACGCUAGAAAAAUAUCUCCUUAAAUCAGUGCUGGGAAACAGGCUUGCUUGUCUCUAGUGCUGCCGGGCUUGUGGCAGAGGGAGGAGAGGGCAGACCUGAUCUCGGUGCACGUGGGGCUGUUCCCAACUCCUGCUGCUGCAAAACUCGGGGGGGGGGGGUGUGUGUGUGUGUGUGUGUGUGUGUCUGGGCUGUUAGAAAUUCAGUGAUUUCUGCUCCCGGGUUCUGGGAGGGGAAUGGAAACAAACAGAAAGGCCGAACCAUCUUGCCCUGCUGGGGUGUGGCACGCGGAGAAACAAACUAUUUAUUAAUAAUUACGGGUUUAAGUCUUAAAAUUAAAUGUAUUCCUCCCUCACAGCCCCUGAGGGUGGUGGUGGUAGGGCGGUGGCUGGGCUCUGGGCUUGCCGUGGGUCGAGGCCGUGGGCUCGCUCCUCCGCCGGGAGCUGGGCCGUGUCGUCUCCCCCCAGCGAUGCCGUUAAUCAUGUUCUCUUAAUUACCGAUGGACCUGCUGCGUUGAUGAUAGGACUGUCCUACGCUUUCCUAAACCGGUUUUGCACAUUUUAUCUCAAGACAGAGUAUUACCAGGAAAAAAAAAAAAAAAAAAAAAAAAAAAAUAUAUAUAUAUAUAACCAAGCUGUCCGGGGAGGGGUGCAGCCCUCUGAGAUGCGCUGGGGUGUCAGCGGGGCUCCGGGCAGCUCCUCGUGCUGUGGCGAGAGGUGACGGCGCUGCCCCCCUCGUCCUCGCCGCGCUUUUUGCUCCGAAGCAGGUUUUUGGGGGAGCUCGGGACGCGCCAGCGUGUCCCCGCAGGGCUCGAGGCACCUUCCCUUGCAGCCUUUUGCCUCUGGGUCUUGCGGUUCCUGCCCGAGGCGCCGAUCCAGCGGCUUCGGGCGGGAAUUCACCAGCGGGGCUGAGGGUGAGAUGCAGGUUUGGGACCUCCUGGGGUUCGGGUAAAACUGGCCGGCGCGCUGAAAGCAAAGCUUUACGAACACCGGGGAACCCAGGAACCUCCGUGCUCUGGUCUCAGCUUGUUCCUGCUCUCCCGGCCACGAUUAACUCCCCUCUUUCUCCUGCCCCGGGGGGGCUCGGCAGCGGCCUCUCGGCUGGUAAACACCAACCACCUGAUCCCGGCGGCUUUGCCAGAGUCGGGGGAGCAGAAUGUUGUGAGCGUGAGCUUCUGGGGCUCGGGAAGCCUUUAUUUCAGCUCCUUAAACAGAGCUGGCCUGGUGUGACCUCCCGGGUGCAUCGAGCACCUGCAGUUUGUGGUCCGAGAGCUGUUUCGCUCUCAGCCAGGUCAGUUCUAGCGAGGCACCUUCUCCUCUGAGAGCAUCUGUGCCUGCUUGUGAUCGACCUGGAGAGUCUCGAGAAGUAGUGCUUUUUGGAAACUAGCUCGGAUCUUUCUUUUUUUUUUUUUUUUUUUUUUGUCCAAGGGACCAGUUGGUCUUUUGUGCAAACACAAGCUGUAGCUGAGCUCUGGUCCCCUCAGCUUGCGGCAAAACUCUGUGUGUGUGUGUGUGUGGGGGGGUGGUUUCUGUGUCCUUCCACAACCUGCAGGAACUUCUCCGGAGCAGAGGCUUGUUUCCAGUUCUCCCUUUUUGCUUCGCCUGCAUCGCUCGCUCGAGGAGGGGGGGGGGGGGGGAGUCCUUCCCCUCCACCCCCCCAUCCCAAAACCUUGCGGUGCAGUGUGUCAGCCUUGCUUCGGCGGUGGUGGAGCCGCGUCGGCUAAAAGCUCUUUUAUUUUUUUUUUCGCUUUUCUAACGCAGAACUGCUGCCCUGGCCUGGGCUUGCAAACUUGGCUCACCCUGCUUUCUCCCCCCCCCCAGUUCUGCCUCGCCACGCUUUGUCGGGGCAGGGGCCGAGGUGACGUGGAGGCUGCUCUCGGUGGGGCAUGGGCACGGUGGGUGCUACCUCUUAGCUUCUAGAAAAGGUCUCGUAGCUUGUAGAAGACCCUUUGGGCCAUCCGGGUGUGGUCAGGCCUGGCUUGAGAGGGCUCUGGGCUGCUCUCCCCGGAGGUGGGCAGGGUGGCCCUGCCCCACGAGUGGAGGUUCGGGGGUGAAAUUCGCUGGUGGCCCUCCGAGGUGCCCUCCAUCUCGGCCGUGGUGGCUGUUCGGUAGGAGCUGGUGCUGCGCUUCAGGCUGGAGGCCUCGUUAAUCAAAACCUUCCCCCCCACCCCGGCAGCGUUUCGGAGUCGCCCCUUCUGUCCCUCGAGCUGGCAGCUGAGGGGGGUGCUGGUUUUGGUGGUGGUCCGCCUUGUGCAGGCGCCAGCCCCUCGGGAUGGAUUGGGGGGGGGGGUCCAGGCUGGUUUUGGCUUUGGUUCUCGGUGCUGACUCGCUCUCUUCUCCAGCUUCUAACCCUGCACCUAAAGGCAAAGCAAAGCAGCAGCAGCAAACCCAGCCCGGGGGGGGCUCCAGGGCACGAACCUGAGCGUUUCAGACUCAACCCUUAACGCCGGGGUGGCUCUGCAAACCUGACUCGCUGCGCUCCUUCCGCUGGUACUGGGGCAGGACGGGGAGCUCCCCCUCAGCCCUGCAGCGCGUCUUCGAAGGCUUGUGGCCGUGUGGCCGUUCCCUUUUCCUGGGCAGGAGGGGGACGGAGUUGGUGGUGCUGCCUAGAAACUAUUUCUCCCCUUCUAGAAACAAGUUUGGAGGCACUAACUGGACUCAGCCUUUUGCCACCGACCCCCCGGCCCAGCGGGGCUGGAAGCCGGUGCCGCCGCCGUUCCCGGGGCUGGGAAUUGAUGCAGGGAAAGACGCGUUUGGUGCUUGUGUGGUGGUUUUGGUUCUGUCCCUUCCUCCUUGAGCCCUUCCGAGGAGCUGCUGUCAGCGGGAGCCUCGCUCCCCCGGGGUUCGGGGGGGGGGGGGGCUCUGCCGGGCUCCCCACCGGCGCCGAGCAAG